UAAGUUUAUUGUAAAAGCGGCCCACCUUCGUAGCUUGUAAAUUUGGAUUCUUUGGUUGAAAUUGGCAAGUGGGUAUUUGGAGUCUUUGGCUCUUGAAGGGAUUUCUGCAUCUGGAUAUUGUUUGGUUUGAUUGUUUAAUGAAGAAAUUGAGUUGGGUUGUGGAGGUUUUGGUGCGUUGAGGGUUUUGAUUGAAAAGGAAAGUUGGAAAAUCUUUUAUUGGUUGGUGGAAGAAUUGAAUAGGAUCUUUUAAUUGGAGUUUUUUGAUGGAUGCUGGUUUGGUUUCUUGAAGUUCACGAGAUCUUAAGUAAUAUGAUAUAGGAAGAAAACAAUCGUAUUUCAGAUUAAGUUUUGUUUUUUAAUGGAACGGUUAAAGAGGGAGUAGUUAAUUUUUUCUUUUGAAUUAUUGGUAAAAGAAUUAACAGCAGAUACCUCUUUGUCUCUCUCUCAAUAAGUAUCAAAGCCAGUGAGAUUCUUACUGUUACAACCAAUUGUUAUGAAAAUGCGAGAAUGACUUUGUUUUGAUCAAGGUUGUUAGUCGUUUGGUAGAUAUGAAGAAUUUUAUGCACAAAAGAAGAUUACUUUUUUGGUUCUUUAUAUUAUCCUAGUACCGUUCCUAGAUUGCUUUAAUGUUUUGAAGGAUCAGAAGUCUUUUGUACUGUUCCAUUUACCAGUAUUCAGGGCCUUUCUGAGGGGAAGAAGAUGAAGUUUUUAAGCAUUGUGGGUAAUUCAUUUGGAUGUUCUGCUUCCGGGGAGCGCCUUGUUUCGGCGGCAAGAGAUGGUGAUCUUCAAGAAGCCAAGGCCUUGUUGGAAUACAAUCCAAGGCUGGUGAGGUAUUCAACUUUUGGUGUUCGAAAUUCACCUCUUCAUUAUUCUGCAGCUCAGGGCCACCAUGAGAUAGUUUCGCUUCUGAUCGAGUCUGGGGUUGAUAUAAAUCUCAGGAAUUAUCGUGGUCAGACCGCUUUGAUGCAAGCUUGUCAACAUGGUCACUGGGAGGUUGUUCUGACCUUAAUUCUUUAUAAAGCCAAUAUUCACAGAGCAGAUUAUCUAAACGGGGGUACUGCACUCCACUUGGCUGCUUUAAAUGGUCAUUCUUGGUGUAUCCGGCUACUUCUUGCAGAUUACAUUCCUAGUAAGCCCACUGUUUGGAACAGGUUGAGGAAAAAAUCAAGCAAAGAUGAAUCAAUAGUAGAAUUCAAUGAAAGUGCUCUGCAUGAUAUAAUUAAUAGAACUGCUGAUGGAGGAAUAACUGCCCUGCAUAUGGCUGCACUUAAUGGACAUGUUGAAACUGUACAUUUACUCUUGGAGUUAGGAGCUUCAGUAUCUGAGGUUACUGUGGAAGAUGGAACUACAAUCGAUCUUAUAGGAGCUGGGAGCAUGCCGCUUCAUUAUGCUGCCUGUGGUGGUAAUGCACAAUGUUGCCAACUUUUGAUUGCCAUGGGAGCCAGUCUGACUGCUGAAAAUGCAAAUGGAUGGACUCCUUUCAUGGUUGCUUGUUCAUGGCAUCGAAGUGGUCUCGAGGAAAUUCUUAACUCACAGUCAGAACGUCAGUUAGAGGUUUUUCCUUCACCUUAUCUGUCUCUUCCCCUUAAGAGCAUUGUCAAGAUCGCUAGAGAAUGUGGAUGGAGGUGUAGUGCUUCUGUAUCCACAUGCCAAGAUCCUUGUGUUGUUUGUUUAGAGAGAGUGUGCACAGUAGCAGCAGAAGGCUGUGAUCAUGAAUUCUGCACACAAUGUGCCUUAUAUCUCUGCUCCACAAACUGUGCCUCCAAUGUUGCAAAAGGCCCCAUUGGCUCGAUUCCGUGUCCUCUUUGCCGUCAUGGUAUAGUUUCAUUUGAGAUGCUUCCAGAGACAAAACCAAUCAAGGACAUUGCAAGAACAAGUUUAUCCUUGUCAUUUUGCACCUGUUCAGGACCAGGUGAUACAACAGAAUCAUCUUCACUAACAACAGCCCUCUGCAAGCCAAGUUUUCACUGCACCCAAACUACACCUAUCGGUUCAUCUUUCCGCAGCCUAAGUUGCCAGAAGUUCCCAUCAAUAAAACUCAACUCCAGUUUUUGCAUGGGAGCCCCAGAAACUAGUCCUUCUUUAGUUCCUUGUACCAUUAACCGGAACCGCCUUAAUAACCAUUUGGUAAGGUGUUCAAGAUCGAAUUUUAGACGAUCGGUGUCUAACAACGAGCGGCGAAGGUCAUGGUUUUCUGCAUUCAAUCAAUAUGUAGCUACAGGCAGUGGAUGCUAAAGAGUUUUGGGUUUCAUUCAUCAAAGUAUUUUUUUCCCAAUAGUUAUUUUUUCUUUUCCAAAUACCAAUAUAUGAAUGUUUCUAUGGUAAAAAGAUUACUGGGUUUGUAAAUCAAGUGCUUUUGUAGGAAGAACUUGAUGCAAAAGCACUUUCUCUGUAUAGAAUGAAACGCACCCUAUAUUAUCGAUCAAUCAUACUUCUUUAUUCUGUGUCA